AAUUUUCCUCAAAUAAAUUUCCAAUGAACAUAAAUAAAUAAAUAAAAUAGAAGAGUAAGAAAAAAAUAGAGGAGAGAGGGAAAGUGGAAUUUGAGACGACCUUCCGCACACAGAAAACAGACUCUGCGUAACGUAACGGCUCCUUUCAUCCAUCCAUGGGGUUUUGGGGUCUUGUGGUCAAAAGUGGGAAGUCUGAAGUGGUUGAACAUGAUGGAUCGUUCUUGCAUAUUGCAAAGGUUUGUCUUGGUGACAUCAAGAAAGAUGCAGGAAGUGAACCUGUUAUACUGACAGCAAAAGUCGGUGAUCAGAAAUUUGUUAUUGGGAGACUUUCACAAAAGAUUCCUCAACUUUCGGUUGAUCUUGUAUUUGAAAAGUCAUUUGAGCUAGCACAUAACUGUAAAAAUGGGAGUGUCCACUUCACAGGAUAUAUAGUUGAAAAUUCCAAUUCUGAGUCUGAGUCUGAUUCUGAUUCUGAGGAUAAGAAUGUGCCUAUAUCCAUUGAUAAUGGUGUAGCUUCUGAAAACUUGCAGUCUGGAGAAGACGAAAAUGUUGCGAAAUCGAAUAAAGUUUUGAAUUCUGGUCAAAGAGGAAGUAGUGGGCCUUGUGGUGAUGAAGAAAACGAUUCAUCAUCUGAUGAUGAUUAUAAUAUUGAGGAUGAAGAGCAGGUCAAUGAUGAUGAGAAAAGCAGUGAAGAUGAGGAUGGAAGUGAUGAUGAAGAUGGAAGUGAGGAUGAAGAAAGUGAUGACAGUGAAGAGGAUGAAGGUGAAGAGAAGAAGGUUGAUAUGGGCAAGAAAAGACCUGCUGAAACUGCUACACCGGCUACUUUUAAGAAGGCAAAAUUGGUAACCCCCGAAAAGACUGACUCAAAGAGUGGGGGCAGUAAAGUACGCAGUCAUGUAGCAACUCCUCACCCAGCUAAACAAGCUAAAACAACUGCAGCUAUAUCUGGGAAAGCUUUCUCUUGCACAACGUGCAACAGAUCGUUUGGCUCAGACAUUGCUUUACAAUCUCAUUCGAAGGCGAAACAUGCUCCGGCCAAAUGAAGCUUAUUCUAGUGUUUGUUUGAGUGAAUUCUAUAGGUUUACCAAUUGCUAUCUAGUUUUAGUAAAAUUUCAAGAUUAGGGGAUUAGAUUUGUUUUUUCCUUCUAGUAAUUAGGAUUCAGCAUCUUGUGCUGAUAAUCACUUGAAGUAAUAUAAAUUUAGUUGAAGGGUAUUUCGGUUUUUGUUUUUUGACAAAAAGCAAAACCGUAAACAGGACCAAACAGUGAUACCAGGGUCACUUUUGGUGGCUGAAAGUACUGCAUCUUGUCAAGUGAAGGAGCUCCAAAAGUCUUUUUAGCCACCAUUGUGCUCAUUAUGGGCUGCCCAGUUGAAGUCUUGUUAAUGUUCACUAAUUCCCAGUAUUGGAUGCUCAUAAUUAGCUCCCUGAAUUUCGUAUGCACUUCUUCGAAAUCCAAAUUUUUGGCUUAGGACUGUUAAACAAUUGUACCACUGUGGUUGCUGUGUCUGAUUGAAUUUCUACAUUAUUGGCUCGUACCAAUAAUUUAUUAGGUUGAAUUGUAUUGUAUUGAAUUGAGUUAUAUAUUAUAUUUUUAUAUGAUAUUAUGUUAAUUUUAA